AUGGUGGGGCUGCCGGGGGGCGAGGGCGGCCUGAGUGUGUCGUUCGCGGGGUGCGGCUUCCUGGGCGUCUACCACAUCGGCGCCGCCACUUGCCUGCAGGAGCGCGCUCCUCGCCUCCUCCGCGACGCCCGGCACAUCUACGGGGCCUCGGCGGGCGCGCUGGCCGGUGCCGUCCUCAUCGGAGGCGGCUCUCUGGCGCAAGCAUGUGCAGACGUUCUGUCUCUAGCCAAAGAAGCAAGGAAACGAAAUCUUGGUCCUCUUCACCCUUCCUUUAACGUGAUGAAGAUAAUAAGAGAUGGUCUCUACAAAAACCUCCCAGAAAACAGUUACCAGUUGUUAUCAGGGAAGCUUUCCAUUUCGCUGACGAGAGUGUCUGAUGGUGAAAACGUAUUGAUAUCCGAUUUUAAUUCUAAAGAAGAAGUUGUGCAGGCCCUGCUUUGUAGCUCAUUUGUACCUAUAUACUGUGGCCUCAUCCCACCUUCAUUUCGAGGGGUGCGCUACGUGGAUGGUGGAUUGAGUGACAAUUUACCUCACUAUAACUUGAAGAGUACCAUAACAGUUUCCCCUUUCUCUGGGGAAUGUGACGUUUGUCCCAAGGGCAACUCUGCAAACUUCCAUGAAAUGAAUCUAACUAAUACCAGCAUUCAGCUUAGCUUAGGGAACAUGUAUCGUUUAAUUCAAGCACUUUUUCCUCCAGAGCCCCAGGUGCUAGCUGAGCUCUGUGAACAAGGAUAUUCAGAUGCCCUUAGAUUUUUGAAAGAAAGUGGUCUGCUGCAGGAAUCAGUUUCCACUGACUUAGCCUUAACGAGGCAGGAUCAUCAAGGAUGUGCCCAGAUCUCAGACUACACUGAUAAAAAAAGUGCAGCAGAUGAAGGCAAAAAAGAGAUGCGAGAAGAAGAAAUAUUUAUUGAUCGGCUAAAAUUAACUUCUUGGCCAUUGGAUAGGACUAUCAUUGAGAAGCUGCCUCCUAGGCUACAUAAAGCAUUACAAGAGGCUUGUAAUGAAAAAAGUGGACUCUACGCUCAGCUUUCAAAAUUUCUUCCAGUACGACUAAUGUCCUACAUGAUGCUACCAUACACUUUGCCAGUUGAGUCAGCCUACUUUGUGGGCUUAAGAUUAGUUCAGUGGUUUCCUGACAUCCCUGACGACGUGCGGUGGAUGCAGGAGCAGCUUUACCAAAUGAUGGGUGCAGUCUAUUGCAGAGCACGAAAGGGGCUCCUGAAGACCCCCAGCAAAGUCAGCGAAACGCUGCUUAGAAAAUGCCAGACGGCCCCAGGGAAGCCCUGCCUUCACCCUUCCUACCCGCCCCCUACAGUGUCUCACUCUUCCCCGGGCCUUGAAGGCUGGCUCUGGGAUCUCCCCCACGGCAAGGACUUGGCGAAAGAGGAAGGGGCAGUUGGCAAUUCCGAAGCCAGGGGGUCCAUUGCUUCCUUUUUCACGGACUCUGGAGCGUCUGUGGAUUUCGACUCGUCCUCCGAGAAGAGUUUCCACUCUGAAGACUAGCUUGGGAGCUGCGAUGUUGGACAGGGAACUCUCCGUCUUUGAGACACGUGUUCUUCUAGCAACUUGCCAAACGACCUCUAGGACAGUGUUUCUCAACCUUGGCCACUUUAAGGUGG